CCGACGCGGCGGCGUGGCCGAGGCCGAGGCCGAGCUCCUCCUGCGGCGAGGCUGCCCCGGGACCGGCACGUGGGCAGCGGGCCAUGGCGGCCCUAAUUAGCUGCCCCGAGCGCGGCCAAGUCUCCGGCCAGGCAAAAAUAGACCUCUUAUUAGUUGGAGAUGUCACUGUUCAGUACCUGGCAGAUAUUGCUCAGAAAUCCUUUUCAAAUAUUGCAAAAGUCACCAUAACCAUGAGGGAUGUGGAACAGGCAGCAGUACUUCUGGAGAACUGCCCAUUUGAUGUGGUUUUCCUGAAGAUGACUUCUUUACCAACUGCCGAAGAGCUGGAAGCAGUUGAAUUAAUUAGAUUUGGCAAGAAGAAAAAUACACAUUUGCUGUUUGUUUUUAUAACCCCUGAAAAUUUUAGAGGUUGUGUUUCAGGGCAUGGAGCUGACAUUACUUUAAGUGAACCACUGACAAUAGAGAAAAUGAGUAUUGUGGUAAAAUACUGGAAAACCUAUUUCUCAAAUACCGUUAAGAAUGAAUAUUCUAUGAAGCCCGAAGAACCUGGAUUGCCCCUGCAGAAGUCCUGCAGUGAACAAUUGGGAUAUUUUUCUACUGAUCUAUUUGCUUGCUCUGAAGCUCUAAGAAAUGACAUUGGGCUCGAAUUAAAGGCUCCAGUGCCAAAUUCUGAGAAAAGCAAAAAGAUUUCUCUUCUUCAUUCAAGCAAGGAAAAGCUGAGAAGAGAACGAAUCAAGUAUUGCUGUGAGCAGCUGCGUACUCUGUUACCAUAUAUAAAGGGGAGAAAGAAUGACACGGCUUCUAUUCUUGAGGCAACCGUUGAUUAUGUGAAGUACAUCCGGGAGAAAAUCCCUCCAGCUAUUAUGGGCCAGAUUACGGAGGUACUUCAGAGCAAUAGGAGGUUUUGUAAGAAACAGCAAAUGUCCAUCCAGCUGUCCUUUCCAGGCACAAUCAUGGCACAAAGGGAAAAUGGUGUGUUGACAAGCACUUAUUCACCUAUGAGAGGGAUCAGAUUCCUGGCUAAUAAGUGCUUGAAUGUGUACUCUGUUCCUGCCUCAGGGGGCUCCUUGGAUGAACCUGUAAGAGGUCAGUCCAGCUCUACUUCAGAGAAUGCAAUUGGUGAUAUGUAUAAAACUCGAAUUCCCAGCAAAGCUCUCUCUCUUAAUUCUUUCCAUGCUGUCAGAUACUAUUCUAAAGUCAUCCCUUCCUAUGAUGCAGCUGCCAUAACAAAUCAGAACAUUUCAGUUCAUUUUCCAUCAGCUGUUCCUAAAGUCUCAAAGUUUCUUCCUCAGCACUGCAAUUCUGUGCUGGGCCAGACGUGCACAACACAUCCCAACUGUCUGCAACAGUUUUGGGCAUAUUAAUAGCACAUGGUUGAAAUUCACACUCUAGACCACCUGUUGGUUGCAGUUUGACAAUACAGGAAGAAUGGAAAAGACUGAUCUUGAAAGCUACACCCAGAGACCUAAUAUCAAAAGAGUUUGCACUCUGUGGCUUCUGAUAAAUGUGCUAAAAGCUUCUGCAGAUAGAUAGCAAAAGUGCUAGCCAUCCGCUUUCACUUAUCUUCAUAUAUACUUGUAUCUCCCCCAGCCAGAGCACCACAAAAACAAAUGGCCUGGUGACCUGGACUUUUUUUUUUUUUUCAAAAAAGAUUCCACAAUUUAUGAUCCACUAUAAGGAAGGUCCAGAUUAGAGAGGUACUUUGAUGCUCCAGCAUGAGUGUAGAUGUUGCAAUCUGAUUCUUAUUUUUAGUAUCACUGUGAAUUACUGUCUCUCAUUUCUAGGUGGUAUCUUUCUAGAUUUGACAUUUUAGAGAGCUUCCUUUGUUAUUCACUAUUCAAACUAAGAUAUCUUAGUUUGAGAGAGGUGUUUAUCUCCUUACUUGACUCCUAAUGAAUAAAUUAAUGUGUUUGUUUUUGCAUUUGAUAAUCCCUUGAGUGAAAUGAUAGCUAAUAGGUAGAUUUUUCUUUCUGGAUCUUCAUUUACAGCCUAAUAGAUCUUUCUUUGUUUUUUACCUUCUCCUCCCUACUGGUAUUAGAAAAGACUGCCGAAAGUUAGGGGAGAAAAAUAUUUGUUUUAUAUUUCACUGAAAUGUUCUUAUGCAUUAUAUAAGUUUUAUUGUUAAAGAAAAUAUUCAGUUUUGACCCUGAAAAUGGUAAUCUAUCUUUGUUUUGUUUAAUAAAUAUGUGUUCCCUCUUUUAGUAGUACAAUGUAGGGAAUUUAAUUUUACUUUUUGAAAAGUAAGAUUAGGCAUAGCCUAAUUUUUAUGUUAAAUUGUAUAAUUUUUCUUUGAGGAUGCCAUGAUGAUGGAACCUGUAGAUGUUUGACAAACUUUAUAAAGGAACUAAAAGUUUCCAAUUAAGAUUCUAUGCUUAUUAUUACAAAUGUGUGCUUGACUGUUUAUAUGCUUGUUUUUAGGAGUGAUUGCUUAGACAUUGUAAGAAAACCUGUUGAGGUAUUUUGGGCACUUGAGACCAC